AUGUACGCUCCGAACGCUACCCUGGCUGUAUUAAUCGGGGCUCCGGCCGGCCGGGAUGUUGAGACAAAUUCCAGUCCCAGAUGGGACACCAUAUUUCCAAUCUCACCUCUUUUGUUCUUGCGCAAAUUCACUUCUUCCUCUCCUUACGACCUUAUCGUGGAGGAGCUGGAAGAACUGACGCGUGCAAAUGCAGCUCAUUCUGUAACGCAAUGUCUUGGGAAACCCGCAACAAAAGUGCCUGCUGCUGCAAAGAAAAAUUUUCUGAAAAACAUGACGAGCGAUUUUCAAAAGGCACAUCGCAACCUCCAUAUCUCAUCAGAGCUUCUUGCUUCAUUUCUUGAGGAGGAAAAUAUUUUCGGAAAGACAGUUACAUUGCCUCUUGUAGCCGAUGGGCCAACUACAGAGCCUCUAUUUCCGCCAGAAACAAAGGAAUUACCGUUACCAGAGACAAGUAUGCUUCCACCGCCUUGCUAUUCGAUAUUUUCAAAGCAUACCAUUAGAGCCGUCGUAAUGGAGACUGCUUUCAAGGACUUUGCCAAUCAUCAAGAUCUUUCUCUUCAAUUUCUGCUUGUGAUUAAGGGAACAUCAAAUACCGAGCUAUGGGCACUUCGAGCGGAGCAUGUUGGUCCUGUGGUCGACCGCAUCUCCAAGAGGCCCUUCUCCCUAAUCGAUCCUCUUCUGAUCCCUCGAGUUUCGUUUAUGGAGGGAUCUUCACAAACUAACAUGCACUCGGAAAAAUCGACGCUCUUGUGGAAAGAAACUGCCCAACCCAUCAUGGAAAUAUCCCGGGCACCGUCAACUUGCAGUGUUCCGGUUUUGGGAAUCAGGACAUCUUAUUCUGUCCAAAUUUUCAGCAUUCCUACAAAGAUUUCAAAGUGGAAUUCACUGUUGUGGUGGAGCAAUAAUGGGAGGAUCACCCCAGAUGUUAUCAAUGAGUACAUUGCGAUAAAGAUGCAAAAGGACCCACGAUGUUCGUUGCUCUCAUUGAAGAUUUCGCCUAGAGUGAAGGGAGAUUUUGCUGUUCUUUGCUCAGAUCUGACUAUUAUUGAAUGGAGCGUAGGGGAUGGCGGUGAUAAGAGCAGGCUUCACUCGUACGAUCUUUGUCAUCUCGUUGUAAAUAAAAAGGAAACGGAAUUGAUUCCCAUCAUCUUCGAAUACUCCCUUCAAGAGGGUAGAUUUUGGAUUGCCAUUGGAGAGUGUUUCCUUUUGCUUAAAUGCGAUCAGCAAGCCGAAGUGAUCGGGAAGAUUUCUGAAGGCGUGCCUUUCCUCUUUCUCCCGCCACUGGGAGAGGUUAUCAGAGGCGAUACUGAUGCCACAGCGGGAGCAUCAAGUGUCCCUGGAAUCCUCUCCAUCAGCAAUGAAAAGGUUUUCGUUGACCAACUGGUCUCUUUUCCGACUUUUUCCGAAUGGAGGACCACUCAUUGCUGGAGCCUCGAUUAUCUUACGGGCACGAGCCAUGAGCAUCGCCAUACCAGUGUUCGAUUGUUCCACUUGAGCGUUGAUUUUUUCGGUAUUGUCAUUUGGGAUAAAGCUUCACAAGAAAUACAACUGGCCAUUCUUCCAACAACGGAAUUUUCUUCUGCCCCUAGCAAGGUCGCAAUCCGCAUUCCAGCUGUAAAGAGCGGCGUCGGUUGGGGGUUUCGCAACGGUUCCGCGGUUAGCACAGCUCUUCCUGUGUGUUUCACAACCACCCAGAGGAAUGCCUUUCUAGUUGACGUCGCUCCGCUAUGUUUCCCGGGCAAUGGGUAUGUUGAUGUCCAUUUUCUACAAUACUAUUCGGAUCACGAAAUUUACCUGAUCUCAUACCGCUGGCUGUCCCAUACAAAUUCAUCUAGCAUUUCGCUACCAACCCCCUUUCCCGGAGCGUCAUUUGAGGAUUUACAGCGGUCUUUGUCAGCUGUCCCCAGAUAUACUUUCGAGCUUCCGUUUGAAGGUUUCAAGCAAUGGUCAUAUCGUUCCGCCUUUAAAGUCGGGCUUUCCAAAAGCAACUUUCGAAAGAAACACACAGUUGUCGGCAUCUUUUCGUGGUUCAAGUUGUUUCUUUUAUUGACUUUGGGAGGUAACUUUACAGGUGAUCAGUCAUAUGGAACAAGCCUACAUUCGUUUCAGGACGACAUGCCUAGAGAGGAUUUUGUUGAAUUCAUCAAGAGCGACCUUGUGGCUAUCCUUCAGGAUCUUGGUACCUCCAAAUCAAGCCCCAUCUCUGAUACCUCAGAAACGAUGGUUGAAAGCUCAAGAAAGCCAUUCAUUGCAUGCUGCUCCCUGAACGAACUACGACAGCGUGUCAUGCGGAGCCAGCUAAAGCGGAUUUCACGCCCGCAAAAGAGGUGCACUUUUUAUCUCCUCUACUCGCUGCUUGACGAGGUAUGGCCCCAACUUUUGAGUCUCAUCCGUCAGUUUCGGGAAAUUACAAGCCGCAAUGAUCCAAUUAUCAAAUUCAAGCUGUCUCAUAUUGCAUACUUACUGACCGAACACCAAACCAAGCAGCAAUCCGCUGCCGAUAAAGAUGGCGAUUUGCAUGCAAUGCGAAGGGCCUUUUUGAAGCUUGUUGGGCUUCCUGACACCAUUAGCCUCACCCCAACAUUUGAAGGCUGUAAAGACCGCACUAGUAGUGCUAUUUCCCUUGCAGCAGUCACAGAUUCGUUGUUCUUUUCUCUCUCAGAGAUCACUCGCAAGGAAUUUUCCCAAUCUGCUGACAGAAGCGCUCUUAGUUUGGAACUUUCUGAAACCGAGAAGCUAAAGAUGCAUUGUGAAGAAAAAUUAGCAAUGGGGACGACCAUACAGACAGAGCUAAGUGAUCUAUGGGAGCACCAGAUGCUUCGGACAGUGGCGGAAAGGGAAAUUCCUGACGAUCCAAACCUGCUCAAGAUCAGAAAUAUCUUUCGGCGACAAGAUCUUUUUUGCUUUUCACAGACUUCCAAAGAACCAUCAAGCCAAAGCCUGACAACGCAGCAAGAUCCACUGUUGCAGAACUUGAUUUUUUCUUCACAGGAAAGUUACGCGUCUUCACAGUUGUUUCCUACGCCAUUCUCAAGCCAGCCGGGAUUGAGAUUUCUUUCUCACUCCCAAAAGAGUCUUCCGCUUACUAGGCCGGCUAUUGUACCAAGGACGAACAGAAGAUCUGGCUUUCGCUAA